CGCUGGGCGACGAAGCCACAGAGCGUCGAGGCGGCAGCUCGGGUGAGGUGCGAGGCGAAGCGUGCAGUGCGCGACUUGGAGAAGCGGACGUUAAAUCAGUACAACAGAAAAUGGCCGCUGAACAAACUUCAUGGACAAGCCUGUCCACUAUUCAAAAAAUAGCCCUGGGCCUUGGGAUCCCAGCAAGUGCAACAGUUGCCUACAUCCUAUACCGCCGAUACAGGGAAAGCAGAGAAGAGCGGUUGACAUUUGUUGGAGAAGAUGACAUCGAGAUAGAGAUGAGGGUUCCCCAGGAGGCUGUGAAACUCAUCAUUGGUCGACAAGGAGCCAAUAUUAAACAGCUGCGGAAGCAGACAGGCGCGCGGAUUGAUGUGGACACAGAGGAUAUAGGUGAUGAGCGAGUGCUGCUGAUCAGUGGGUUUCCUGUUCAAGUGUGCAAAGCCAAGGCAGCAAUCCAUCAGAUCCUGACAGAGAACACUCCAGUGUCGGAGCAACUCUCAGUGCCCCAGAGAUCUGUGGGCAGAAUCAUAGGGAGAGGUGGCGAGACUAUUCGCUCUAUCUGUAAGGCCUCUGGAGCCAAGAUCACUUGUGACAAAGAAUCGGAAGGAACCUUACUUCUUUCAAGACUUAUAAAAAUCUCAGGAACGCAGAAGGAAGUGGCAGCAGCGAAGCAUCUAAUACUGGAGAAAGUUUCAGAAGAUGAAGAGCUUCGGAAAAGAAUUGCCCACUCUGCAGAAACCAGAGUCCCACGAAAGCAGCCGAUCAGUGUGCGAAGAGAGGAAGUGUCAGAGCCAGGUGGAGCUGGCGAAGCAGCUUUAUGGAAUACCAAUUCUAGCAUGGGGUCAGCUGCACCCCUGGAGGUUCCUUUAUGCAAAGGAGGUGGUGAUGUGAUUGUUACUGGAUCAAAAGAAGCAUCCUGGGAGAAACCUUAUGAAAGCAUUCAGUAUUCUGAUGCCCAGAGCAAUCCAGAGACGACUAUGUUUGAAAUUCCUAGUCCUGACAGUUUAAAUUCUGAUGAGUACCAGGAAGUAUAUGUUUCCGCUUCUGAGCACCCCAACCAUUUCUGGAUCCAAAUCCUUGAACCGUGCGGCCUCGAAUUGGAUACACUUAUCAACGAUAUGACUGAGUAUUAUGACAAUACUCUGCCUGAAGACUUGGUUCUGCACGAAGGAGACAUUGUAGCAACACGCUUAGCUCUAGAUAACCUCUGGUACCGAGCUCAGGUUCUUGGUACCUUGGAGAGUGGGAAUCUGGACCUCUACUUUGUUGACUUUGGAGAUAAUGGAGAUGCCCCAUUGGCGGCUGUAAGAACUCUCAGGAGUGACUUUCUAACUCUUCCAUUUCAAGCAAUGGAAUGCAGUCUAUCACAGAUUGCCCCCUCAGGUGAGCAGUGGGAAGAGGCAGCGCUAGAUGAGUUUGAAAGACUCACUCAUUGUGCUAACUGGAAGCCCCUCAUGGCCAGACUCAUCAGCGAUGAACAGACUGAACUCUCACCUUGGCCACAAAUCCAGUUACUUGAUACCAGCAAUGGGAAGAAACUUGAUAUUGGGCUAGAAUUAGUUCGUAAAGGAUAUGCAGUAAAACUUACUGAAGAUGUAGAAGAAAACAGAAAUGUCCCAGAUACGUUGAAGGACAUGGCCGCAGAAACAGAUGCUUCUCAGAUACUCACUGAGAACAAAGAGAGCCCUGAGGAGGAGCUGCCACAGGCCCUAUUCUUCUACUCAUCAGAAGACUCUAUGUCUGAUAUCCUUGAUGACAUAACGUGGGCUUAAGUCUGGGCUGCAGCUGCCGGACCAGCCAUCUGCUUUUUACUGAUUUGGUGCCAGGAGAGGAAUCUGACAGAUCCGUGAAGUCCUUUAUUUCACAUGGUGUGGCUUGCUCUGUAUCAAAUCCGUUUUCUGUUUCAUUGGACCUACCACAAAGUGAUAGA